AACAAUCUGGAGGGUCCUCAUUUCAGGGAUCUGAUGGCGGCUCUGACAACAAGCCGGAUAGAGGAAUUACAAUUGUCCUAUAAUCAGCUGACAGACAGUUCCUGCCCCCACCUGGCAUCUGGAAUAAGAAAUAACCCGACACUGAGGACACUGGACCUGUCUGUGAACAAUCUGGAGGGUCCUCAUUUCAGGGAUCUGAUGGCGGCUCUGACAACAAGCCGGAUAGAGGGAUUACAGUGAGUAUAACAGGACUGACUGAGACAA